AUGGCGUUAGAGUCAUUUGCUUUUAAUGUUGCUGAGAAAGUCUUAGAAAAGGUAACAUCUUACGCCUACCAAGAGAUAUGUUUUGCAUGGGGUUUGCAAGGAGAACUAAAAAAGCUCGAGGAUAUCUUGUUAACUGUGAAAGCUGUGCUAUUGGAUGCUGAGGAGAAGCAGGCGAGUGACCAUCAACUACGAGUGUGGCUGGCUAAGCUUGAAGAUACUCUUUAUGAUGCUGAGGAUGUGCUUGAUGAAUUUGAAUGUGAAAAUCAAAGAAGACGAGCGCUUCAAUUAUAUGGAACCACCAUUAAAAAGCAUAUGAAAUCAAUACUCCCCAUUUUUGGAUUUCAGGUGGGUCACUUUUUUUCAUCUUCUAAUCCAAUUGCAUUUCGUUUUAAAAUGAGUGCUAAAAUAAAGCAAAUAAGAGAGAGAUUGGAUGAGAUUGCAAGUCAAAAGUCUAAAUUUCAUCUUGUACAACAAUAUGAAAGCAGGAAUAUUAUGCCUAAGGAAAGAGUAAUGACCCACUCCUUUGUAAAAGAGUCUGAUGUUAUAGGAAGAGAUAAGGAUAAAGAAAAUAUCAUUAGACUCUUACAAGACUCCAGUGAUGGUGGACAGAUCUCUAUUAUUCCUAUUGUCGGAAUCGGAGGUUUGGGGAAGACUGCACUCGCUAAAUUAGCUUAUAAUGAUGAAAGAGUGAAUAAUCAUUUUCAACUUAAGAUGUGGGUUUGUGUAUCAGAAAACUUUGACAUAAGAAAUUUGACAGAGAAAAUUAUUAAAUCUACAGAAGAUGGAAUGAAAUAUGGUGUGGAAAAGUUGAGUAAAAUGGAAAUGGAGCAAUUACGAAGAUUUUUGCAAGAAAUCAUUCGUGAUAAGAAAUAUUUGCUCAUUUUAGAUGAUGUAUGGAAUGAAGACCUCAUGAAAUGGAAUGAAUUGAAAGAGCUUUUGUGUACGGGUGCUAAUGGAAGCAAGAUCUUGGUAACUACGCGUAGUAAUAAAGUAGCCUCCAUUAUGGGCACCACUCCAACAUAUGAGUUGAAGGGUCUUUCUAAUGAUGAGUGCAUGGAUUUGUUUACUAGAUGGUCAUUUAAAGAAGGGCAAGCCAACCAACAUCAGAACUUGUUAAAAAUUGGUGAAGAAAUUGUCGAAAAAUGCAAAGGGGUUCCAUUAGCAGUGAAGACACUAGCAUCACUUCUUUUUAUGAAAACAGAUGAAAGUCAUUGGAAAUCUAUAAGAGAUAGCGAGUUAUGGAAAAUUGAGCAAAAGGAAAAUGAAAUUUUACCUGCUUUAAAAUUAAGUUAUGAACAAUUGCCUGCUUAUUUAAAAAAGUGCUUUGUUUAUUGCUCUUUUUUCCCAAAGGACUAUGAAUUCCUUGGGGUUGUAUUAAUUUAUUUUUGGAUGGCACAUGGACUUCUCCAAUCAACAAAUGAAAAUGAAGUUCUAGAAGAUAUUGGAUUGCGCUAUUUUCAAGAGUUGGGAUCUAGAAAUUUUUUGCAAGAUUUUGGGGAUUUCUUUUUUGACUUUAAUUGUAAAAUGCACGAUCUAUUACAUGAUCUUGCAUUAUCAUUGGCACAAAAUGAAUUUUCAGCAAUAACCUCAACCACCACACACAUCUCAAAGAGUGUCCGACAUUUGUUGUUUUCCAGCCCUGCUUCAUUUUCCCAAAGUCCUUCCACCCUCUUACAAGGUUUAGACCAUGUGCGAACUGCUUUAUUCUGGGAAAAUAGCCUUAAUAGCCACUCAGCCUUGGAUUUAUGUUUGUCAAGAUUUCAAUAUCUGCGAAUGUUGGUAUUGGAAGAUUCCAAAUUAGAGAUAUCGUCAAAAAGGAUUGGGUCUUUGAAGCAUUUGAGGUUUUUGUUUCUACCUGAAAAAUAUGUAAAUAAAAAGGUCUCCGAUUCUAUUUGCAAGUUACAGAAUUUACAAUUUUUAUCACUUUGUACUGAGGAGUUCGGCAGUGAUCUAAGGUACUUGAUCAACCUUAGAUUUCUAUUUUUUUCCACAAAGCAGAAGUGUUUGGCAAAGAAUGGACUAGGCUGCUUGACUUCUCUUAGAAGUUUGUGGAUUUAUGAAUGUGAAAAUUUAGAAUACUUGUGUGAAGAUAUGCAAGGCCUCAAACAUCUUCGAACACUAUCUAUUCGCUUUUGCAAAAGCCUAAUCUCUUUGCCUCAAAAUUUGAAAUACCUCACUGCAUUAGAGCGGAAGAUGUGA